CAGAGUGGUAUUUGUUGCAUUGCACAAACUUCCUCUAGGUGGGAGGUAAAGCAGCUGAGUAUUCCACACAGAAUUGUACUCAAGAAGGAGAUGUGAUCAGCAUGUAAAGUAGGAGGCUAUUGAUUACCGAGGACAGUCUUUAUACAGAGACAUAACAAGGCAAAGCUGUUAGAAAGGGAAAGAUCCUGCUGCAACACUAUGCUUUCCAUAGGGAUCCCUUUUCCACAGCUUUUGCAGCUUUUCAUUGGGUGCAUCCUCAUCUGUGGGCUCCUGCAAGCCAUUCAGCUGUAUCGGAGGAAAAAAGAGCUUCUCAAAACCUUCAAGAGCUUCCCUGGUCCUCCCAGCCACUGGCUUUAUGGCCAAAACAGGGAGAUUAGUCGAGGAAAAGAAUUUGGCAAACUCUUGGAAUGGGCAGAAAAAUACCCUUAUGCCUACCCUAGAUGGUUUGGUGGCUUUGUGGCUGUUUUAGUAAUCAACCAUCCGGAUUAUGCCAAAACUUUGUUUAAUCGUGGAGACCCAAAAGCUCUGACAACCUAUAAGUUCUUGGUCCCCUGGAUUGGAAAAGGACUUCUCAUCCUGCAUGGACCAAAGUGGUUUCAGCACCGCCGACUGUUAACUCCAGGGUUCCACUAUGAUAUUUUGAAACCUUACAUAGCACUGAUGGCAGAUUCAACCAAAGCAAUGCUGGAUAAAUGGGAGAAAUUGAUUGCCAAGGAUCCCACAAAAUCUUUGGAGAUGUUUGAACAUGUCAGCUUGAUGACUCUGGACAGUAUCAUGAAAUGUGCCUUCAGUUACCAAAGCGUCGGACAGACUCACAGAGAGUUGGAGUUUUACAUCAAAGCAGUUUAUGACAUAACCUAUCUGGUGUCUCAGAGAAUCCGUACUCUCUUCUAUCGGAAUGAUCUCAUCUAUCGAUACACCUCAGCUGGGCGCCAUUUCCUGGAAGCCUGUAGACUGGCACACCAACAUACAGACAAAAUAAUAGAAGAAAGAAAAAAAUUAUUUAAGGAGGAAGGAGAACUCGAAAAAUUCCAACAGAAACGGUACUUGGAUUUUCUGGAUAUUCUUCUUUGUGCCAAGGAUGAAAAUGGUGUUGGAUUAUCUGAUGAAGAUCUGCGUGCCGAGGUGGACACUUUCAUGUUUGAAGGCCAUGAUACCACAGCCAGUGGGAUCUCUUGGAUUUUAUAUACAAUGGCCCAGAAUCCAGAACACCAGCAAAGGUGCAGGGAGGAGAUAAAAGACACUCUAGGAGAUCGAGACACAAUUCAGUGGGAUGACCUGGGGAAGAUUCCAUACACCACUAUGUGCAUUAAGGAGAGCCUUCGUCUUUACCCUCCAGUCCCUGCAGUGUCCCGCCAGCUCAGCAAACCCAUAACUUUUUGUGAUGGACGCACCUUGCCUGAAGGUUCCUUGGUGGCCGUUAGUAUUUAUUGCAUCCACCGAAACAAGAGUGUAUGGAAAGAUCCAGAGGUGUUUGAUCCCACAAGAUUCUCAGAAUCAUCUCAGAGACAUUCUCAUGCUUUUGUGCCUUUUGCAGCUGGACCAAGGAAUUGCAUUGGACAGCAGUUUGCCAUGAACGAGAUGAAAGUGGCUCUUGCCCAAAUCCUGCUCCGGUUUGAAAUCUUGCCAGAUCUAGCACAGCUUCCUGUUCCGGUCCCUCAGGUUGUCAUGAAGUCUGACAAUGGGAUACACCUGUUGCUAAAGAAACUCAACUGAUGACAUACAGUAGGGCCCUGCUUCUCGGCGCCCUGCUUUUUGGCGUUCCGCUAAUACAGUGCCAGCGGGGCAAUCAGCUGGAGGGGGGCUGGAGCUCCCCGCACUCCAGCUGAUCACACCGGAGGAGGGGAAGAUCAGCUGUAGUGUGCUACAACUGAUCUUCUCCUCUUCUGGUGUGAUCAGACUCCCGCUCGAGCUGAUCGUGCCGGAGGAGGGGAAGAUCUGAUCUUCUCCUCCUCUGGUGCGAUCAGCAGGUUAGGUUCCAGAUCCCCGCGCUACAGCUGAUCUGCUUUCCAGUGGUUUUUGCUUUCCGGUGGGGGUCUGGAACCUAACCUGCCAUAUGGGUGGAGCCCUAUUGUAUAAUGAAUUUUUUUUAAAGGCAAGCUGUAAUUUUUGUAAAUUGUCUAUGAGAGGAGUCGUCUAAUAGCACAGAGGGAUGUAGAGAGAUGCAUUUAGGAACUACCUUGGAAGAGUCAAUGAAGUAACUACUCAAUCAUGGAUGAAGAACCCCAGGGGUCAGCAAUGCCUCCAGCCUCUGACUACAAAAGCUCAUACCAAGGACCACCUCUUAGUUCAAGAGGGCACCCCUCUGUUUCCACACCACUUCCAGGGGCAACAGACAGCUUCCCAGUCCCACCAGUAUGAGUGUCUUCAGAACACAACUCAAUCCUCCUAAACAGGAGCAGGCAGCAUGGCAAUGUUGUGGAGGUGGCUCUCUGGUAGCAGCGUCACAACCGCUUACCAGGAUGAUGCAGGGGUGGGACAGGGCAAUGGUGAGGUGGAGCUGUGUGGGCGGACCAGUGGGAGCGAUGGAUUGGUUCCACCAAUGUGCCCAUGCUGCCCCCUCCAUUCUAAUAACUGGCAGUGACACUGCUGCCUGAAAGCUGGGUCCACCGCAGCAUUCUGCCCCUAAAGCAAAAGCAGCUUCCAAUGGAGAGAAUGAGCAUUAGGCACCAACCUUGUUGGAGGGCUACUUGAAUGUACAGUAGGCUCCAGACUAUUACUGGACCCCCUGCAUGGUGACAUUUGUUCAGCUAGGGGAGGGGCUAGUCAAUCAGGGUCCUUCUUUGUGAGGGUUGUCUAACUCCUUCUGAUAUAGUUUGAAUGUACAGAUGCUGAGGGUGUGUGGUAGUGGUACACAGCAACAGAGAGGCUGCCCCUUCCUCAUCUUCUCUCGAUGAUUGGAGGGGGGAAUCUUGAGAAUCCCCUCCAGUUUUGUCUUGUAAUCAACUUGGAAUGAGCUGUUUAAUGUCCUGACUAUCUGUGGCUGACCCUGGACCUUUUGUCAUGUAUUGCCAAUUACAGAAAUGAAAUAAAUGAAGAUAAUUAUU